GAAAGAAAGAAAGAAAGAAAGAAGCCAGUCAAGGAUGGUGCGGAGAAGGCGACUCUGGAUUCUUCCAACGCUCCAAGUGACCGUUGCUCCACGCCAGUAAGACGCGCGACUCUUGCGGAAGGGGAAGCAAAGCCCAAGAAGAUCCUUCGUGUGGAUUUGCAGGACUCGAGGAGCUCUUAUAAAUGCAACGCUGCUUGAUCUAUGAGAAAAGUAUGGCAGGCGACACGAAGAGCGGCGGCGCUUGUGCGAGCGGCCGCAAAGAUCACGGCCGCACCAAGUUGCUGGUCGGGGUGGACCUUUUCUGCCUCUUCUUGGCCGGCCUGCCUUUCCUGGUCAUCGAGACCAGCGCCGUUCAGCCUUACCGUCGAGGGUUUUACUGCCACGAUGAGUCCAUCAAGUACCCGGCCAAAAACGGAGACACCAUUAGCGACGGUGUGCUUAGCGCCGCUGGCAUUCUUAUCACCAUCUUGUCUAUCGUCCUGGGAGAGAGCUACAGGAUCUACUUCCUCAACGAGGGCUCCAAGUCCUUCGUGGGGAACCCCUACAUCGCCGCCCUGUACAAGCAGGUGGGCGUGUUCGUCUUCGGCUGCGCCGUCAGCCAGUCCUUCACCGACAUCGCCAAAGUGUCGGUGGGCCGCCUGCGUCCGCAUUUUCUUGACGUGUGCAAGCCCGACUUCACCGCUAUCAACUGCUCCCUGGGCUACAUCGCCGACUACCAGUGUCAGGGGCCCGACAACCGAGUCCAGGAGGCCAGGAAGUCGUUCUUCUCCGGACACGCCUCCUUCUCCAUGUACACCAUGCUUUACCUGGUGUUUUACCUGCAGUCUCGCUUCACCUGGCACGGAGCCCGGCUGCUGCGCCCGCUGACCCAGUUCACCCUGGUCAUGAUGUCCUUCUACACGGGCCUGUCCCGCGUCUCGGACCACAAGCAUCACCCCACCGACGUCCUGGCGGGUUUUCUUCAGGGUGCGCUGGUGGCCUACUGCGUUGCGUUCUUUGUAUCGGACUUGUUCAAGGCCAAAGGGAGACGUUGCGCCUCGUCGUCGGCCCCCGUGAAAAAGGAGUUGGUUCCUCCGGCGGACAUCAGAGAGAGGAGCAACCACCUCAUCAUGGCGUAGCGAGCGCCGCAAACUGGCCCAGUACAAAAUCGCUCGCCACGAAAACUGCCACAGAAUCAACUCCUGCCGGCGAGGAGGAAGUCGAUAGAUUAGCCACGGACGAGGAAAAAACAAACAAACAAAAAAAGCGCACGCACACAUACGCGGGCGUUUCCCGUGCGUCACCCCGAAAUUCUCGCUGGCGACGGGCGGGGGCCUCGGAGGAGCGUCCGGCGGGUUGCGUUCGUCCUGGCGCUCGCUCGUGCGAAUCUCAAAACAAAUUCCUUGAAUUGAGGAAGGAUGAUGCACCAUUUUCUUUUCUUUUAGUCGCUCUUCUCACGGUAAAGGAAUGUUUUGAUUUUGAGAUGAACUCAUUAUCGGUUGUUACCACUUGAAUGACCUGAAGUGAAGCUUUUUGGAAAGCUUUGUAAGGGGGGGGCGUCUUGUAUGUAUUCGACGUGGGCCUCGUUCUGCUGGUUAGGACGAGGCCCCCGCUGAGCCAUUGAAUGGAACUGACUUCGCUGCCCAGUCGCCUCGUUUUCAUAUCAUUUGAUCAGUAGCACAUGUUCAAAGGAGAACUUGGGGACAUUUUGUUUUGGGGCCUCCAAAAAUGUCACUAGCAUAUUCACGAAAGGAAUCAUCAAACUUCCAUUUUUUUGGACCUUUUUGAAGAAUAUUUCAAAUGUGUUUUUCUUACCUGUGGCUAAUCGCUAACAUUGAUUUUCAAAAGGAAACCUGUUCUGUUACUGAUCAAUUGCUAUAAAAACGAGCCGGACGAAUUUUGGCGUUUGGAGCCUCCCGAAUCACGACCGUUUUCAUAUCAUUUGAUCAGUAACACAUGUUCAAAGGAGAACUUGGGGACAUUUUGUUUUGGGGCCUCCAAAAAUGUCACUAGCAUAUUCACGAAAGGAAUCAUCAAACUUCCAUUUUUUUGGACCUUUUUGAAGAAUAUUUCAAAUGUGUUUUUCUUACCUGUGGCUAAUCGCUAACAUUGAUUUUCAAAAGGAAACCUGUUCUGUUACUGAUCAAUUGCUAUAAAAACGAGCCGGACGAAUUUUGGCGUUUGGAGCCUCCCGAAUCACGACCGUUUUCAUAUCAUUUGAUCAGUAGCACAUGUUCAAAGGAGAACUUGGGGACAUUUUGUUUUUGGGCCUCCAAAAAUGUCACUAGCAUAUUCACGAAAGGAAUCAUCAAACUUCCAUUUUUUUGGACCUUUUUGAAGAAUAUUUCAAAUGUGUUUUUCUUACCUGUGGCUAAUCGCUAACAUUGAUUUUCAAAAGGAAACCUGUUCUGUUACUGAUCAAUUGCUAUAAAAACGAGCCGGACGAAUUUUGGCGUUUGGAGCCUCCCGGAUCACGACCGGAGUCGGGGCUCUUGGCGCCUUUGAGCACCGAAACCGGCGCUGAUCCAAGUGACGAUUGAUUCUGCACGUGACGCGCAAAGCGCAAGUCCACAAAACAGAAAGAUGGAAGAAGAAACGAUUUCGUAGAUUGCGCACACCUCAUAAAACACGUUUUAACAGGUUUACAUGAUAUGUUUGCUAUAUAAAGAAACGGGGAAAAAAAAUGCUCUGACCACUCACAGAAAGCUUCAUCUUAUUUCCUUUCACGAGUACUCGGACCCGACUUUUUUUUGAGGCCGAUACCGAUUGUGAUAUUUGGAAGAACGAAAUUGUGAUAACUGAUGAAUCCGACGAUUACUUGGAAAAAAAAACUAUAGUCAAUAUAAUCUUUUUUUUCUUCUUUUUUUGACACUUAGUGCUCAUAACAGUAAAGAAAUGACCUUUUCUUUACUUUUGCAACACAGUUGUAGAUUUUUAGUUUUUUUUUAUCUGAAUGUAUUUAUCGUUCUUGUAUUUUGUAAAUGUUUUCAAAAGUCAGACAAUUAUUUUCUGAUUUGAAAAGGGCUAAUAUUAGCUGGUCGGGCCCCAGUUUGUACGGUCCGGUAGAACUCACGAGUACGAGUAUCACACGCGUACGCGUGGCUGUUGUGGAAACGCCCGCUCGGACUUUUGCGUCUGCACCUGUGUACAUUUUUUGACGUGCUGCUUGAGGAGGUUCGCGAUAUUGUGAAUAUUGAAAGUUUAAAAAAAAAAAAAAAAAGCUUCAGUACGUUUGUGUUGAAAGUGCCUCUCAGUAUUUUUCUAUUGC